UCCUUUCCGUGAGUGUGUUGAUUACUGUGUGCAUCGGUCUGGCCAUCGCUAUGUCCUACGCGUCCUUCAGGGGAAUCCUUGUGAACGGAGGAACUGUUCUGUUAUUCUUCAUGAGCCUCUCUCUCAUAUACUUCCUGUACAACGUCGGGCAGUCGUGCAAUGAUCAGGUAAAUGACGCCGUAGAAACUCUACAGAACUUAAGCUGCAACUUUGCCAGUGCUGAAGUGAAGGCUCAGGUGUACCACGUCAUAACCUGUCUUCAGCCGUUAAGAAAAUUCGACAUGUGUGGAUGGUACACACUGGACUACCCAUCGCUAGUAACGGCGGCGAGCGUUGUCAUUACGUAUUUGGUGAUUCUUCUUCAGGUUGGCGGCCUCCAGCUGCAAAAAUAAGCUGAGAUUCCGAGAGAGAGAGAGAGAGAGAGAGAGAGAGAGAGAGAGAGAGAGAGAGAGAGAGA